CUUCCUCAAAGUGGCGGCCCCAGGAGUUACACACUAGGUUCCGCCCCAUUCUCCGGCGCAGUUGCGGCAAUGGCGGUGGAGGGGAGGCUGCAGUGAGCGGUUCCCUGUACCUUCCCUCCGUGGUUUCUCAGCCACGUGGCUCUAGGUUGCUGGCUCAAGAUGUCAGAAGGCGGCUCGGCAGGGGAGCCGGGCCCCGCCGGAGGGGGCCGACCUUCCUUGGCCGGGGCCCGGGGGCUUAUCGGGCGGCGGCCCGCGGCCCCCCUCACCCCAGGCCGCCUCCCUUCUAUUCGUUCCAGAGACCUCACCCUCGGGGGCGUCAAGAAGAAAACCUUCACUCCUAACAUCAUUAGCCGGAAGAUCAAGGAAGAGCCAAAAGAAGAAAUAUCAGUCAAGAAAGAAAAACGAGAGAGGGACCGAGACCGGCAACGAGAUGGGCAUGGUCGGGGGAGGGGUCGUCCAGAAGUGAUCCAGUCUCACUCCAUCUUUGAACAGGGUCCUGCAGAAAUGAUGAAAAAGAAAGGCAGCUGGGAUAAGACCGUGGAUGUGUCAGACUUUGGCCCAUCUCAUAUCAUCAACAUUAAAAAGGAGAAGAGGGAAACAGAUGAGGAAACAAAACAAAUUCUCCGAAUGCUAGAGAAGGAUGAUUUUAUAGAUGACCCAGGGCUCAAGAAUGACACCCGCAAUAAACCUGUGCAGCUUCCUCUGGCCCACUCGGGGUGGCUUUUUAAAGAAGAGAACGAGGAACCUGAUAUGAAGCCCUGGCUAGGGAAGGAAGAGAGCAUGGAGGUGGAUAUGCCAGCACUGAAAGUGAAAGAGGAACCCCAAGAUGAGGAAGAGACCAAAGCAGCUGCCCCCUCCAGGCCUGGCCGGGUGGUCCCUGUACUUCCUCAAGAUGUGUCUGUGGCAGACUUACUCAGGGAGCUGAGCUUUGCCAAGGAGGAAGAACUUUUGUUCUUGCAGCUUCCUGACACACUUCCUGGUCAACCUCCCACCCAGGACAUCAAACCCAUUAAGACAGAGGUUCAAGGAGAAGAUGGGCAAAUGGUGCUUGUGAAGCCAGAGAAAGACCGGGAAGCUAAACUGGCAGAGAACCUGUGUACACUGAGUGACCUGACAGAGGGUCAAGUGGGAAAACUGCUUAUCCGAAAAUCGGGAAAGGUGCAACUGCUUCUGGGCAAAGUUACUCUGGAUGUAACAGUGGGUACUUCCUGCUCUUUUUUGCAGGAGCUGGUGUCUGUGGGCAUUGGAGAUAGCAGAACAGGUGAUCUGACAGUGCUGGGCCAUGUGAAACACAAGCUUGUGUGUUCCCCUGAUUUCGAAUCCCUCUUGGAUCACAAACAGCGGUAAAGCCAGCCAAUUGAAAGUGAAGGGAGUGCCAUUUUCUCUUUGCCUAGGAUUUUCAUUCCUGAAUUCCUUUGGGACCUAGAAGACCAUUCAAACCUCCAACUCUUGUCUCUGAUAAAUAUCAUGGCUGGUUAUCCAGAGAUUGCAGGGAUUCAAGGACUUCUUCCCAAGUGGUGAUGAAUGGCUUGAUAGCCUUUGAAGAAAAUGGAAAUAAUAAGCACAUGCCUGCUGCUGUAUUUAUGGGCUUGUGCCCAGUCUAUUUAUACUGUAUAUUUAUGUCUCCCCCUUUUGCUACUGACUGUAUCCAUAUGUGCUGAAGGGCAGUCGAAACCCAAAUGGAGUCAUGGAAAAUAAGACUAUUUCUUUUGGUUUUCCUCUUUUGAAUCUCCUGGAGGGAAGUAUAGGUGUUUCCUGUUCUUCGACCUCCAACUCCUCCUCUAGUCCUUCUUUGUCAGCUGUUUCUCAGGGGAAUAGGCUCCAGCUUUACUCCUCUGAAGCAGAAAACACAGGAAAAUCUACCAUUUUAAAGGUCCUGAUAUACAAAUUGUGUAGGAUACCUUUUUCCUAUGGACUCUUAAGCCAACAUUUGCUAAAGUAUAGGCUCUUUUGGAAGGCAUGAAUAGAGAAACUUCUGUCAAUGCACUGUUUGUUCAUCUUCAUGUGCUCUUGAAUGAUUUGGGGGGCCUAUCCCAUGCCUAACUGCUGUAGUACUUUUUCUCUGCCAGAGUAGCCAGGUUUUCCUCAGAAGGGGAUAAUUGUGUUGGCCCUGAGGUAUUGUCACCACCCUAGUCAAAGGCUGACAUAAGCCUGGAUAGAAAAAAAAGUGAUGGACAUUAUAAAGGGAGCCUCACCCUGAUGUAAUAUACUAUUCCAAAAGCCUUGAGCUAGAGAGACUCUCCUAUUCCCCUCUCUCCCACCACCAUAAAACAUACCUACUCUUCUUGGAUCACAGUCACAGCCAGGCUUUCCUUGUUUGGCUCUUAUGUUCGGAGGCCCAUGGUAUUACUGCCUUCAGUAUACAGGUUGAAUCUGGAUCACUGGGCGUUUGGUCCCUCCAAGGGAUAGCCCUUUGGGGAGAAGCUGGCCUCUCCUUUCCCUUCUUAGUAGAAUCUGUCAGUUGUACUGAGUUUCUUCCAACCUCAGCUACAAACAAUGAUGACCCAAUGCCAUCAUGCACACUACAUGCCUCAAGAAGUAGGAAAUACCAAGACUUUCAGAUAUUCUUCUUAAAGUUGUUCCUGAAGCAUUGCAUUGUUCAAGGAACGUGUAGUGAUGCAGUUCUGGAUUGAUAGAGGGAAAAAAUCUAGUCUAAAACUCUGUUCUCUAGCCAUAUGAUCUCCAAAGGCACAAUUAUAGCUGGCACAAAUAUAUCUGAGGUGCAAAGUAGCAUCUGGCACUGCAUCUGUAGGCUGUUAUUAAUGGCCCUUUCCAUAGAAGUGAUGUUAGAGUUUAGUGUAUAACUUUAGGAGAAGAGAGUUCCAUUGAUACUAAGAAACUUGUGUCCCAGAAGUCCUUUGUUCUGAGCUUACUAAGCUGCUGGUUGAAUAGAAAUGAGGUCACAGUAGGGUGUGAUUUCAUAAAGAUGAUCCUUUCUCUGCUUCUAAGUGGCCCUGGUGAGGAAAUUGGUUUCAUAUAACAAAUGCUUACCUUUAUUCUGUUAUACUGCCACAUCAGUCAUAGUUGAGGCUUUCCCUGGUCCUAUCAUCCAUGAACCUCUUGGUCAGUAAAUGGUUACAAAGAUUAAUAGACUAUUUGGGCAUUGUUUUGUCCAUUUGUUCCCAUCACUAGCAAGUUCAUGCAUCUCUGCUUUAUUAUAGGAAAAUAGUUUAGAAAACUAAAGUUUGGUUAGAAAACUAGCCUUGGAGACAGGAGGUCCUAGGUUCAGGUCCUUCUUUUGGCAGUUAAUGGCUAUGUGAUAUCAUAGGUAAGUCAUAACCUCUCCUCAGAAUUAAGUUGCAGAACAGUUGUUGUUCUAUGUAGAGAAAGAUUUAUCUUUGUAUAGUCUCUGUACGGUGAAAUCAAAGAUUGGGACCAGUUAGAUGACUGGGGAGAGGCUUCCUUGGAAGUUCAUUGUCAGUUGGACAAGAUUUCCAUAAGUUGAGUGGGAAACUCAGCAGACAAAAAUUGCCGGUGAGCCUGACUUAUCCUAAUUCUCUGGGUCGCAAUUAUUGCUCUUGUUUUCAAGCAGUUGGUGGCCCAGUGAGCAGAACACUGAGCUGGAAUCAGGAAGACCUGAGUUCAAAACCAACCUAACAUCAGCCAAGUGACCUUGUGCAAGAUAUUGAUCCUCUUUCAACCUCAGUUUCCUUCUCUGUAAAAUGGGGAUAAUUACAGCAUCUACCUCCCAGGGUUGUUAAGAGGAUAAAAUGAGAUAAUAUAAGUACUGCAUAAACGCCAGCUGUUAUCAGCUGCUCUUUGAGAACUGUUGAUGACUUUUUGUGCCAAAGGUUUUCAAUGAUAAACUCAGUGAUCUCUUUUUGAUGAAGAAUAAGAUAUUUUAAACCCAAAUUCAAAGGUGUUAAGUACCCACCAGGAUUUGCCAUCACUGGUCCUGACCCUUUAAAACUCCUAAGUGGGAAUGUGAGAGUUAUAUCUUUUGUCAAAUGGCUCAGCAUGCUCCCUUCAGUGUAUCUUAAGUUUUGAGUCACGAUAAAUCAGUCUUCCUGCAUCAGUCUGUUCUCUCUAUUCUCCUGAGCCACAAAUUAGAUGUCAUCAAGGGUAAAGAAGAGGGAAAGCAAGAUUGCCUUCCAGUCUGAGCAUCUGGAUCAAAUAUCUUGACUCACUUGCUUUCAUGCAUUUAAUGGAAUAAAAGUCUGUAUGGAUUUAAUUGCAGCUUUGUAUAUAUAGUUUAUAAAAACAUUACAAGUUCAAAUACAAAGGGAAGGGAAUUUGUAAAGUGAAGUGAACACAGCCAAGAUUUUUAUUUGAAAACUACACAAAAACAGAUUGCCACAUCUACUUUGUAACUAGAUCUUUAUCCAUAAAACUAUGAGGAAUCAGUGUAUAUAGAUGGAUAAUAUCAGAGUUUAAUAGCAAACACAGAUAGAAAAUCCUAGAGAUCAUAAGGAAAGGGGUCAUUUAGCUUUUCUAUGGGGAGCAUCUCCAGGAAGAGAUCUCUGUGAAGCAAGAUCUUUUGUAAAUAUUAUUUCACUUAACACCUGUCAUAGUAUCCACCUGCACACAAAUAUAUAGCAAAUAUCAGUAAUAGAGAACAUAAAAUAAAUGGGGAAAGGUACCAAAGAUAAAAGGUUGAGCUCUGUGCUAUAGGCCAGAGGUGGUACAAUAGAACUAGAUUAAAAUAUAAUAAAUUGUUCACAAAAUAAAGAUACAAUAAGACAUGGAUAACAUUACCUUUUAAAACUAAAUGUGGCCUACAGGGCUUAUGUAGGAAUUAGUGACCUGCUUUGUACUUGAGUUUAACACCAUUGCUAUAGGAAACAGCAUGGUGUAAAGGAGAAAACAUUAAUUGUUCUUGACAUCCUGAGUGCAGAACACGAGCUCUUGUUCUGCCAUUUUAUAGAAUGAGGAAGUCAGAACCUGAAACUUGGUUUCCUCAUCCAUGAAAUAGGAAUAAUAAUCACAUAUCUUGACCUGUGAGGAUUGAGAGUCCUUUAGAAGCUGUUGAGUCCAGCCCAUAUAUGAGUUCUGAUCUCUGGUAAUUUGAACAUUCAGCUCAAUUGUCUUCUAUUGUCGUCAGACAAUCCAUUAAGUACAAUUUGUUUUUCCUUCUGUCAAGCUUACAUUUGCAACUUCUGCCCAUUGGCCCUACGACAUUCUUUGAUGUAAGGCUCUCUGAAAGGGGAAGAUGUUUAGCAGCUAGGAAAACCAGGGAAGGCCUCUUAAAGAAAAUAUGCUUUGACCUUCAAAGGAAGGAACCCAGGAAACCCAAAAGGCACAGAAAAGGGGGUAAAGUGUUCUAGGCAGGGGGGACAGGCUUUGCAAAGACAGAAAAAGAUGUUUGAGGAACUGCAAAUAGGUCAGUAUAGCUAGAUCUUUAAGUACUUGGAGGUAAGGUAUAAUAAGACUGAAAACAGAAAAGAGUCAUUAUAUAAGGAGUUUUCAAUGCCAAGCAAGAUGCUAUUUUUGUUUGUUUUGGAAAUAGGAGUCCAUUAAAGCUCAUUGAGCAAAGGAGGGAUAUUGUGAUUAGCUCAAUGUAGGAAAAGGGAGGCAAGGAGACCAGUUAGCUAUAACAAUACAGGAGCAGGGUGAUAAAGAUCUGUAAUAUUUGAGAUUGGAGAAAAAGGGCAUGAGAUAGUGUGAGGAUAGAAAUGACAAGAUUUGGCAAUAGAUCAGAUCUGUGGAGUAAGGAAGAGUGAGAAUUCAAGUACCACACCACAGUUGUAAACUAGGUGAAUGGAGGGUUGGUACUCUGAACUGUAAUUUGGAAGUUUCUGGAAAGGGGAAGAAUGCCUACAGGGUGUUCAUUUCAAAGUGGAGAUGGGAUGACUAGCUCAGCUGAGAGAAGAAGGCUGAAUAUAUAGAUCAGGGAAUCAUUUACAUAGAGAGCAUAAUUCAUUGAAUUUUUAAAAAAUAUCUAAUAUUUUCUCAGUUACAUUUAAAACAAUUUUUUAACAUUUGUUUUUGAAAAUUUUUGAGUUCUAGAUUCUCUCCCUUAUUCCCACCCCAACUCCUGUUAAUAAACUACUUGUGAAGUUAUAUAAAACAUUUCAUGUUAUGAAAGACAAAACAAAUCUUCCAUCCUAAUUAAGAAAAACGCUCAAGAAAACAGUUUUUAAAAAGAGAGUAUGUUUCUUUUUUUCUUUUUUAUUAAAGCUUAUUUUCAAAACAUAUGCAUGGAUAAUUUUUUCACCAUUGAUCCUUGCAAAGCCUUAUGUUCCAAAUUUUCCUCUCCUUCCCCCAUCCCGUCCCCCAGAUAGCAAGCAAUCCAAUAUAUAUUAUACAUGUUAAAAUAUAUGUUAAAUCCAAUAUGUGUAAACAUUGAUAGUUAUCUUGCUGCACAAGAAAAAUCAGAUAAAAAAGUAAAGAAAAUGAAUAAGAAAACAAAAUGCAAGUGAACAACAAAAAGAGUGUUCCCACACUCCUCUUUCUGGGUGUAGAUGGCUCUUUUCAUCAGAAGAGCAUUGAAACUGGCCUGAAUCAUCUCAUUGUUGCAAAGAGCCUCAUCCAUCAGAAUUGAUCAUUGUACAAUUUUCUUGUUGCCAUGUACAAUGAUCUCCUGGUUCUGCUCAUUUCACUUAGCAUCAGUUCCUGUUAAGUCUCUCCAAAUCUCUCUAAAAUCAGCCAUAUACCAUGCUUUAUUUCAGCCAUUCGCAAACUGAUGAGCAUCCACUCAGUUUUCAGUUCCUUGCCACUACAAAGAGGAUUGCCACAAACAUUUUUGUACAUGUGGGUCCCUUUUCUUCCUUUAAGAUCUCUUUGGGAUAUAGGCUGCAUAGAAGCACUGUUGGAUUAAAAUGUGUGCACAGUUUGAUAAUUUCUUUUGUUGUUGUUGUUGUUGAGGCAGUUGGGGUUAAGUGACUUGCCCAGGAUCACAAAGCUAGGAAACGUUAAGUGUCCAAGGACAGAUUUGAACUCGGGUCCUCCUGACUUCAGGGCUGGUGUUCAGUUUGAUAAUUUCUUGAGUAUAGUUCCAAAUUGAAGAAAGUAUGUUUCAAUCUAUAUUCAAACAUAAUCAGUUUCUUCUCUGGGUAUGGAUAGGAUUUUUCAUCAUACGUUCUUUAGAGUAGUCAUAGAUCACUAUACUGCUGAAAAUAGCAGUCAUUUUAUAGUUGGUCAUCCCAGAACAUUGCUAUAACCUUGUAUAUAGUACAUUUCACUUUGCUUGAGUACUUGGAGGACUUUCCAGGUUUUUUUCUGAGAGCAUCCUGCUCAUUUCCCACAUACCAAUAGUUUUUCAUGACUAUCACAUAUCACAAUUUAUUCAGCCAUUCCCCAAUUGAUUGACAUCCCCUCAAUUUCCAAAUUUUUUCCCCUGAGAAAAUAGCUACUAACAUUUUCAUACAUAUAGGUCCUUUUCCUUUAAAUCUCUUUUGGUAAUCUCAUAUCUAGUAAUGGUGCUGUUUGUUAGGCCAAAGAAUAUGCAUAAAUUUAUAGUUUUUUGGGCAUAGAGCAUAUUUUUUGAUCAUUUAUCAAUUGGGGCAUAACUUAAUUUUUUAUAAAUUUGACCCACUUCCCACUAUGUUUGAAAAAUAAGGCCUUAUCAGAGAAACUUGCUUCAAAAUUCUUUUUACAAUUAUUAUACAGCUAUAUUUCCCCCCAUUCUAUUCUCUCCUUUCACCUACUUGUCCUCAAAAGUGUUUUGCUACUGACCAUUCCCUUCCCUGAUAUGUCCUCUCUUCAUCAUCUUCCAUAUCCCAUUCUCCUCCUAUUUUCCUGUAAGAUAAAAUAGAUUUCUAUAUCCAUA